CGGAGGCAGGGGCGGCAGCGGCUAGCUUCACGUGGGCGCAGGAGAAUCGGCGGCGGCGGGCGGCCCGUGGCGCUCUUUGGUGGUCACGAUGAGUUUACCCCUCAACCCCAAACCGUUCCUGAAUGGACUGACAGGGAAGCCGGUGAUGGUGAAGCUUAAGUGCGGAAUGGAGUACAAAGGUUACCUGCUCUCUGCGGAUGGCUACAUGAACAUGCAACUUGCAAAUACAGAAGAAUACAUAGAUGGGGCAUUGUCUGGACACCUUGGUGAAGUUUUAAUAAGGUGCAAUAAUGUCCUUUACAUCAGAGGUGUCGAAGAAGAGGAAGAAGAUGGGGAAAUGAGAGAAUAACAUCUUUUCUGGG